AGUUCUUCAACACUGAGACUAGAAAAAAUGUGAGAUGGAAUCAGUAGAUGAAAAGGGAUGAAAAUGCCCUCCAUCUGUGGAUACCAUCUCUACGGUUGUCUGGCCGCUGCCCCACCACUCACAUCCUUCCCAAAAACAGAUCUUGUACAAAUCCAUUUCCAGAAAACAAGAAGGGAUGAGGCCUUUAAUGUAUGCAUUGUUGUUCUCAGAAGAAAACAGAAAAGUGCUUUCUCUGAACAAACACAACGAAUGCAAAAUCGAAAAUGCUUAGGGAGGGCUCAUAUCAAGUGUAAGAAAUUAAAGAUCUGUCAUCGUGGGGAGAAUCCAAAUCGAAAGUGGGGGAAACGAGGAAGAAGGGGGAAACUUGAGACACCAAAGCCUGACGGCGGCAUCUUCAAGUUUCAGUCUUUCUUCAAUCUAUUUCUCGUCCAGAAUUCGAAUUGAGUUCCUUCGUCCUCGCGACCCCACUCAAGCCUCUCUCUUUCUAAUCAUAGCCCCAACCAGAAAAACAUUUCGUGAAGAAAAUUACAGAAAAGAA